UAGCCUUCCGAAGACCAUGUCAUUUCGCAGGCUCAUCCGUUUUUCCCCUCGGCGCUCGGGUCACCUAUUCAAUAGCAAAUUAUGUUGAAAAAAAAGCCGGUUCGUAUGCCUACUGUGGAUAUUAUUUGAAAGUGCCUAGAAUGAGAAUCUUCGCGUAUUUUUGCUGAACUGUGCCUCGCUUUCCGCGCAGCGGCAGGUUUCUCUCAAAGGCACCGAAUUGCCUGGAAGGCAACAGUCGACACAAAACCUUGGAGUAGACGCAAUGGAGAAUUUAAUCUAAAGAGGGACCAUACGGGGACCAUACCAUUUCCCCAUACCACACACGGGGAAAGACACAAAGGAAUAAGAGGGACCAUACGUAAGGACAGAUAUUGCUCAUAAACGCAGCAUAUCUUUUUCAAAUGUGAAGUGACCAGAUGUGGAGAAAAUCACGAAUUUAAUUCGGUUUUUAAUUAGGCAUUUUUAUUAAUGAAUUCGGUGGGUUUGUAUAGUCAUAUCCAAAAAUAUAUCGGAAAGUAGCUUAGUAUGGUAUCUAUACGACCACUGCUAUAAUAACAAAUGGUACAAAGUUAGAUCGGUCAAUAGGCCUGCUGUAAAGUUAUUUCUCCAUGCCUUCUUGGCCACAAUCUCUCUUAAUUGUUUUCUAUGGAAUGACCUGUUAUCCUGACCUGUAGGGACCAGUGUUACCAACAACAAAACAAUAAUAAUAAAAACAUGCACCGGUUUAUUGGUAUGAACAAGAACAAAAAUGUAAGUAGGCAUACUGCAAGUUCUCUGGAUAAGCGCAUCUGCUAAAUGACUCAAAUAUAAAUAUAAAACAUCAAUGAUCAUAAGUGUUGUGGAAGGAUUUGUUGAUGGACCUGCAUCUUUAUUUUUUGCAAAUAUAACACUUUUUUACAUUGAAUAGUGCAUUACAUCACCCAAACUCAUUACACAAUUAUCUGUCUUCCGUGAUAUGCACAAAUUUCAUCAGACACACUAAUGUUGUUUUCUACUUUCUGAGCCUAAACUCAACAUGUCUUCCUGAAAAAUCUAAUCGUAAAGAAUCACUGAUCAUAUCAGCUGCUAGUCCAUUUACCACGUUUCUUUUUUCUGUGUCCAGCCAGUCACAUUGCCAACCAAUGCGUCCAGAUUAUAAAUAGUUGAACAAAAGCUUUAAAUUAACAACCAGGUUUACUGAAACCUGAGGCGCAGACGGAUGCCCCCCAGGCCGAGCAGCAGCUGAAGAGGAGGACAAAAAGGUUACUCUGACUGCGCCUCACCAGAAGAGGUCCUGCCUCAGAUCUCCUCUCUCAGACUGGUUGGGACGCUCCAGUUGAGUUUUCUUUUACUCAUCCUCACCGGAGUGAGAGAGUGAAGACCUUUUGAAGACCCAGAGGUUUUUACUGUGGGAGCAAAUUUAUUUGGAGUAGCUGAUAAUAGACGGAGACCUACAGUCUUGCGUUGUCUUUCCCUGUCUGUGGGGUGUGUGUGUGAGAGUGCUUGUGGGUUGGCACCAGUGAGAGCAUCUCCCUUCCCAAAGCCAGGAUGUCUGCAGUUCAGCUGCUGCUGGUCCCACUGGCGCUGUGGGCUCUGCAAGCAUCUCUAUGCCAUGGAGCCUGUGUGGAGGUGGACUCUGACACUGACGCAGUGGUCAGCGAAGGCUUUAAGCUGGGCUGUAUCUCCUGUAAGAUGAGGGGCGAGGUGCCCGCCGAGGCCACUGUUGAAUGGUCCUUCAUGCCCAAAGGGGAGAGCGAGUUCACAAAAAUCUACAGCUACGAGGAUCUAAUGAGCGACAUCCCGGACGAGCGCUUCUACGAGCGUCUGGACUGGAACGGAAGCAAGAAGACCAAGGACCUGCAGGACGGCUCCAUCUACAUCCUGAACGUGACGUGGAACGACACGGGCACCUACCGCUGCAUCUUCAACCGCACCCUCACCUUCACCUCCUACGGGUUCCACACUGACGUCACCAAGAUCGUCCACCUCAACGUGGUGCCAAGACUGACCAGGGGGAUAGUGUCCAUCUUGUCCGAGGUGAUGAUGUAUGUCACCAUCGUUGGGCUGCAGGUAUGGCUGGUGGUGGAGAUGAUUUACUGCUACAGGAAGAUAUCAGCGCAAGGCGAGGAAGCAUUGAGAGAGAGCGCGGCGGAUUACUUAGCUAUAGCUUCGGAGAGUAAAGAAAAUUGUGCAAUCGUGGCAGUGACCGAAUAGCACUGGUUAAAUAAUGGCUCGAAACGACAAAUAGCUCUCGAUAGCCCUUCAACACUUCCAUUAUGACACCAUCUCAUUACCCCAUCCAGGAGGAGCAGCCAAGAGGCUUGUCCAGAGAACAGAUGGAUGACAUGUGAAACAGCCGAUGGAAAAAAAAGGACAUUACUGUAUUUAAAUGCAAAUAUACAGCAUGAGUGUACUAUCGAGCAGUACUAUAAUAUCAAAGAGAGUUGUAUAUACAGUACGUAUGCUUAAUUAUGCAAUCCAAAUCUUCAUUGUAAUACUCCUACAUUAUAUUAAGUUAGUUCAUACAUAGUAGUGAUACAUCAUAACCAUUGGCAUUAAUAUGUUUCUAAAGGUCAAUUUCAGGAUUCUAAAGUGUGCUUGUAUCAAAGCAAUUAGAGAUCAGAACUCAACUGCAAUCUUACUUGGCUUCAGUAGCCGGUCUUGAUCAGACCUUCAAUGGCUAUUAUGCGCAGAUCCAGACUAGCCUACUGUAGCUAACUAUUUAUCUGUAGCUAACUAUUUAUCAAUGCAAUGGAAUCCUUUUCACAUAACCGGUAGGUCUCAUUGAGAUUUCGCGAGAGAAAAGGACGGUUGUGAUUCGAUGGACAUUCAUUUGGACAUCAGCUUGUGAGGGUUGCUUAUGUCAGACGACUUAAGGUAAUGAUCAUGGUCAAUUCCUCAAAGCUAUAAUUAUCCACCAAUGUAUCCUUCUAGAAAGUGUCACAUCAUAGCAGUGCCAUUUUUAAAUGUUGAGACUAUCAUUCUACCGGUGUGACUGGAAACCUCCAUACAUUAUACAUAUAUUUAUUGCAGUAUAAUUGCAUUCUCUCCAUAUUUCAUUAAUGCUUCAUUUGCUAGAAUAUCCUGACCAUAUUUACAACAACCAAGGGCAUGUGAUAUUAGCUACCAUUUUACUACCGUGGGAAACUACCACAAUUUGUCCAGUGUGUCUGGAGCAGGAAUGUCUGUGACUGGUCGAAGACCUGAAAUGGUUUAAACAAGAUGCUAAACUGGUUUAAAACAAGUUAUUUAAUGAAGAUACCUAAAUGUGAGCAGAAACUAUACUAUAUACAUAGUGUUGGCUUAGUGCUCAUAUCGAUCAGUCCCUAUGGAGCAGAGUACAGUGAGCUGCUAUUGAAAACCGACAUCCCUGUCGUUCCUAUUUGGCAGUCAAUUCUGAAUUCUACCUCCAGGGGCAGCAUAACACUGCCUAAUGUGGACUGCCAUGUUGCAUGCAUACUUUCUUGUGGAAUGUCAUUGGGAUCUGGGUUUGCUACAUUUGAAGUACAGAAAAGUGAAAGAAUAAUAGGAUUGUUAUCGCAUGAUAACUGCAACGCGUGAACAAAUGAUCAUUCAUUAGAAUUCAUGUUCAAGAUUUUGAAUGAUUCAAAAUUCCUUUUAAUUUUUUUUUAAAAACGUCACACCAAUUUGGUCAGGUUAGAGUUUCUAUUCACCUUUCACAGAACUUCAACAUUAAAUAGCGGAAUAUAUGUUGGAAAAAACAACAGGCUUAAAACAGGGAAUAAUCUACUUCUGCUGUAAUUCAAAAUGUUCACUGAAGAGUUGUUGUUGCUUGUCAAAACAGUCAGCUUUAUACCAUAAUACAAUUGUCAUGUGAGAAUAGAGUAGGCUUUAUGUCUGGUUUAUUAAAUCUAAACAAUCUC